AUGACACGGGCAUAAUUUAUCAAAUGUUUCUCACAUGGUUAGAGUUGAUGUAAGCAAUAUAAUUUAUAGUUGAGAAUCCUUUGACAUAUCAUAUGUAUUUUUUGCAGCCAUGCGGAAGGAUUUCAUUGUAGAAUUGGUGGUCGACGCUUCCGCCCAGUUUUCCGAUGUUCAUUGCUCGAGUUGAAAAUGGAGUUCGAUUAAAACAGAUGUCCAACAACUUCUUCGGGAAAAUGUAACUCACUGUAUUUGCUUUUGUAUGUCAAUUUCUUAAUAUAAAUUAUGUUGUACAUUUUUCUAGCUGUGGAGGCUAUAAUUCAACGUACACCGACACAUUGACGGACCAACCAGCGCUUUUUAAGUGUUGUCCUGGACCUGAAGUUGGAGAGGGGAAUGCUCGAUAACUAGCCACUAAUAACGUGCCAAAUGUCGGUUUUAUUUUGUACACUUUUUAGCAUCUGAACGCAUUGGAUUUCGUUUUACCGAAGAGGAUGACGAAGAUGUGCAUUUUGUUGAGGUUGGAUUUUACUUCCAGGGAAAAUAAAAUUAAUAAUCGGUUGUCACUCCUCGCAAUUGAGUUACAAAAUUAGCUAGGCUACUUGGUUUUCCUAAAAGAGCUCAGUUAUGCAUGCACCAUUGUAAGACAAUUAACUUUUAUACAAUAUCUAGUGAUUUUAUGCGAAAGAAAAUGGUGAUAUUUGCGGUUUAUUUCCCCGCCGUCACUGCGUCCUCGAUGCUAUUGCCAGGAUUUGGAUCCCCGUGAGAAAAAAUGAGCGAAGAUUCAACAAAUCCAAACGAUGACUGCAGCAGCACAACACAUAAGAUGGCCAACAUAUGAUGCAAUUGAAGAUCAAGGAAGAUGGUGGGAAAAGAACAUGACAGUUAUGCGCGUGUGAGAGCAGUGGUCAUGACUCGGGAUGACCCCAGUGGUGGGUGGCUGCCUCUGGGAGCUGGGGGCCUCAGCUGCGUCACCGUCUACAAAGUCAGCCGGACACCGGACAGUGACAGCAGCACCACAGCAGACUUCCUCAUCAAGGGGGAGCGGCUCAAAGACAAAUCGGUUGUUCUGGAGUGUAUUCUAAAGAAGGACCUGGUCUACAACAAGGUCAACCCCAUAUUUCACCAUUGGAGGAUCAACGACAAGAAGUUUGGCCUGACCUUCCAGAGUCCUGCAGACGCCAGGGCCUUUGAUAGAGGGAUCCGCAGGGCCAUUGAGGACAUCAACCAAGGCUGUCCCGCGUUUGAUGACUCGGACUCUCUUGAAGAUGGAUUACAGCCCCUGUGUGAGGCGCUGCCCUCCAUCUGUACGCCAAUGAAGGAGCCCUUUUCCCCCCUGAGUGUCCACAAUGUGGUGUCCACUGAACCCUACCGGGGCUGCUACGUCCGCGCUCAGCCCUUUGACCAGUUUCCCUCCAGCAACCACCACUACCUGCCGCCUCAGGUGUCCUUCAAGUCUACACGCCAUGUGAGCUUUCACAUGGAUGAGGAGGAGAUUGUAAGGAUCAACCCUCGCAAGGAUGUUCUGAUUCGCGGCUACGAGGACUACCGCCACCCAGUCAUGUGGAAGCAGGAGGCAGAGCGAGAGGACCCCGACUUCCCUGCCCUGUUCCACAAACUGGACAGCAAGAAGUGUGAGUACCUCUUCCCUGAGGGGCCGGGCAUGGAGUCCCACUCAGGCCCUGGGAGUAUGGGCAUGGGCACAGGGCUAGGGCUGGGUAAAGACUCCUCCAAGGUGCAGCCCUCACCGCUGCUCAAGUCCAAAAAAGGGCGGCGGAGGCGGGAAGACGGGGAGCGUUCUCGCUGCAUCUACUGCCGGGAAAUGUUCAACCAUGAGGACAACCAGCGGGGCCAGUGCCAGGAUGCUCCUGACCCCAUCAAGCAGUGCAUCUAUAAAGUCAGCUGCAUGCUUUGUGCCGAGAGCAUGCUGUACCACUGCAUGUCCGACUCGGAGGGAGACUUCUCGGACCCGUGCUCGUGUGACACUGCUGACGAGCAGUUCUGCCUGCGCUGGCUGGCCCUGACGGCACUAUCCUUCAUCGCUCCCUGUAUGUGCUGCUACCUGCCUCUGAGAGCAUGCCACCACUGUGGGGAGGCCUGCAGAUGCUGCGGGGGCAAGCACAAGGCCGCUGGGUGACCUGACUGAACUCUGACCCCUCACCCGGGAUGACCUACCCACAACACAGCUAGCUGACACAGGAAAGCGGAAAAAAGCUGGGUAUUCAAAUGCCGGCAACCUUGUUUUUCAUUCACCUCAGAGGGGGUGACAUGUUGUUGUAGACGCCGGGCUCUGGAGGUCUUUUGUGUCCUUCGACGCAGAGAGCAGCGGAGGACUAACCUUGUGCUUUACGGGCUCUGAGCGUGAUGUAGAGUUCAGGAGCUGAACGCGAGGAGAAGGCAUUGAGACUAGCAGACAUGGAAAUAUUAUUAAACAAACACACUCUUACUCACACUCGUACAUAAUACACACAACAACCAGGCCACCAUGUCACUCUCCCUACAAGUAAUGUGUAACUUUAUGAAGGAAUAUUGUCUUUUGUACAGAGAGCAGCAACUACACAAAAACAGCAAGAAAAGAAAAGAAACCAUUUGUGCACACGGAAAACAAACGUGAAGUCUGCAAAAAGGGAUAUGUUGUUGUGAACUUGUAGUUGGGUAACAUUGGCAGGUCCUUUAUGACUCGAGCGUUCGCUGACGGUGUAAUUGUUAGAGAAGGUGCACUAGAAAUGUUUAUCCCCCUUCACACAAUUCUAAUGGUACAUUAACCUUAAGACCAUUCUUAUUGAGUCAUUUAACAGUUGCUGUGGUGGAUGUGUACGUGUUUCCUUAUUUUUCCUAUUCAUCAAAUGUUGAACAAUAAAAGAAGGUAACACCUUUUUAUCUUUUGCUGGUACAGUCUGACAUAGCUAGAUGUUAGAAUGAUUUCCUUGUUUUGGUAAGGUGUUUUGGACCACUUAAUUGCAUUCCAACAUAGUGAUCAAUUCCAUGAACAGGAGCGAAAAUAUGGUAAAGUCUUUCGCAGUCCUCCAUCCCCCGAACUAGUCAAGAAUUAAUGUUAGCACUUCUUGACUCACCUUCCAUGAGACCAAAAUUCCAGGUACUUUACCAGAUUUUCUAUUUUGACUCCAUCACAUCUUCGCUUCAUGGUAAAACUGUUGUUUUUUAUUUAAAGCUGAAGUUUUUCCUCAACCAGCAAGUUUUUCUGUUUAAUGUUGGUGAGUAAGGGGUCUUGAGUGCCCCUUUGUUGAACAAGGCACUUAAAUUAGACUAGUUUGGGGAAAACCUUUUGUUUUUAUUAGUCGCUCUGGAUAAGAGCGUCUGCUAAAUGACUUAAAUGUAAAUGUCUGAAACUAGAAAUUACCAACUAAAACUCACUUUUUGUGUGCGAAAAGCCAACCUUGGAAGCACUGGUCUCCAAGCUUUGGUUACAGCACCAUCUUCAAAUUUCAAAAGUACUUGAUGUCUGUCCCCUUGUGAUUUGAAGCAUUUGUUACGAGUCAAAUGUACUACUGUUAAGUCAUUUUGCAGCUUGUCCAUGGUAAGUCAGAGAAUACAUAGUUUAACAUUUGCCCAGUCAUGAAUGAACAGGUACCUCAUUUUAAAUGUCAAAGGGCAUUUGCCUAUAGGUAAUUAUAGCAUAUGGGUAUGAUUGUUUGUUACACACUAUAUGUGCGUAGGUCUUCAUAUGCAGUGAGAUGUCAAGCACAGUGAUCAUAGAAACUGAUAACUAUGUUGACUCAUGGUUACAAACCUGACUUUGUUGAAAGCUGAUGGGGAGAUGCAGUAUGAAGGUCCUUGUUGAAAUCCAUAUUUCACUCCUAGUAACAUAGCCACAAUAACUGUAGACAUACCUCUGGUUGUAUUCAUUUGAUGCUGCGUCUUUGAAAGACAGUAUGUUAUUGCUAAUUCCACUGUUUUAAGAAAUCUGUGUUCCGGAAUCGUUUUUGAGAACAAAGAAAUUGGUUUCUUUGAUAAUUUAGGCCAGCGGUGUCAGUCAUUCCACGGAGGGUUGAGUGUCUGUGGGUUUUCGUUUUUUUCCUUUCAAUUAAGACCUAGACACCCAGGUUCGGGGAGUUCCUUACUAAUUAGUUCAUCAAUCAAGUACAAGGGUGGAGCAAAAACCCUCACACUCCAUGGAAUGAGUUUGACAUGUGAUUUAGACAAAAUCGUUAUCAAAAGGAUUUAAAUUUACCCCUAUUUGAAAAGCUUGUCAUUACAGCCCUGUACUGUAACCAAUAGAUAUGCACACCAUCACCCCGACCACCCCUUCUUGAGAAGGACGUGGCAACCCUGUCGUCGCCAGACUGGAUGGGGGCAGUCAACUUCUUCCAUAUCCCUCUCUUAUGUCCCAUGCGAGGUACCAACCAACACUCUUUACUUUCUAUGCAAACUGUUGACCAUGAGAAACACAUAGACCUCUCCACACUGAGUCAGUGACAGGACACUUUACUAACGCUAUGUAGACGUUACCCCAGGUACUAAACUCCAAGCACCUAUAAAUAAGUAACACUAUAUUUAAAUACCGGAUCAGAAUCCCAUUUUGUUUUUUGGAAAUUAAGAGAGCUGUAUUUGUCAUUGCUGUCAGCAUAUACUGUAGCUUUAAUUGACAGCAUUAUGUACAUAGGUCACCUUUUAGUAUUAUUUCACAUUGAAAGUGGAGGGCGUUCAUGAUGGAAAUGACAAUUGAGCUUUUAAUGGAGUUUCAUUCUAGUUUUCUAUGAAGGGAGGAAGGUUAGAGUGCUAACAUGGUACAGUAGUGGCAGUCCACUUAUUUAAAAAAAAAAAAGUUAUAUAUAUGUAUAUAUAUAUAUAUAAGCUGCUAGAUACAAUCACUAAUUUUUUUAUUGAUUUGAGAGAGAAGUCGGCACCAAGUUCCUAUGACCGCAUAUAACCGUGUGUGUGUGUGCUCAUUUGGUUGGUUUAUCCAUGUUUUUAUUCUCCCAUAUUGUAAUUUGGAUUGCCCUGCAUAUCUCAAGCUGAACCCAAGAUUAGAUUAACCUGAUUUAAAAACUUGCUGGCUGAGGAGUAAAGUGUAGGACGUACAUUCAUACAAGUUUAGCUGAGAGAUACUGAAAUCUGUUUCAUUCUGCAUUAACCAGCACAGUGUAACUCGCUAUCAUGUACUGUAUUAUAUAUGCAACGUGUUUGUCUGCUUUAAUAUAUUUAUGUUUUACCUGUCAGUUAACUUUGCAUAAGACUUCAGUUCUUAACCACUUUGCUGCUAGUCUUUUAUUCUUCCCUCGGUCUUAGAACGUGCAUAUUUUUGGAAUGCUUAAAAAUGUACAUUCUUGACUUUGUCUGGGUUAAAAAGAAAUGCCUAUAUAAACGUGUUCAGUGUAUUGCUUAAAAGGGUUUCUUUUCACAGCAGUUGAGUGGUUACUUUUCAAUUCUCCAAUGCUUUGGUGCACUGAUGAUGUAUGUAGGUUUUUUUCUUACAGCGCUUGAUGAUGUAACAUUUCUGUGAUUAGUUCGAAAUUGUGGAAAACAUUUGUGUUUUGUAAAUUGCAGUAUAAAUGGUCUUAAUUCUUCUGUGAACACUGCCUGUUUCCUUUCUUUCUCAUGCCUCUUUUCUGUCAGUUUCUUAGUGCCAUUGGCUUUACAUCCUGACAACCUUGAAAAAGUGCCUCACGUCCAUCAUAGUUUCCAUCUAAAACUCUUAACAGCUCUUGUUCUGGUUAUAUUGGUUUAUAUAUGUCUAGAUAUUUCUACCAUGGUUUGAAAAUUCUAAAUAUAUGAUGUAAAAUGUAUAGUUCAAUAACUCAUGUCAUAGUUGUAUUUUCUUUAUACAGAUGUAACUUGUUACUUUUCAUAAAUAUAUAAUGUACAUUUGCAUACACUUGUAAUUUGUCAUAUCAAAUAACAUUAUCAUAAUAAAAUGGUGAGUUUUAA